UCACACUGGUCACACUAGUCACACUUGUCACAAUGGUCACACUGUUCACACUGGCCACAAUGGUCACACUGGUCACAAUGGUCACACUGGUCACAAUGGUCACACUAAUCACACUGGUCACAAUGGUCACAUUAGUCACACUGGUCACACUAGUCACACUGGUCACAAUGGUCACACUGGUUACAAUGGUCACAAUGGUCACACUUGUCACACUGGUCACACUGGUCACACUAGUCACACUGGUCACACUAGUCACACUGGUCACACUAUUCACACUGAUCACACUGGUCACACUG